UUAUGUACCUAAUAAUAUUAACCUAAUCUUGUGCCACCUGCAGCUCGGACAUGUCCUCAGUCAAGCCGCAGAUUUUAAUAAUAGAGCCAUUUUAUGGCGGAAGCCAUAAGCAGCUAAUAGACACGUUGGUGGAGUGCCUGAAUCUAACCAACUAUGAACUUUUCAGCCUACCGGCAAAAAAGUGGCACUGGCGUGCCCGCACCUCUGCACUCUUCUUUUCGCAGCUUAUUCCGUUCGAUCACAAUUACAAAGUGCUCUUCACGAGCUCAGUUCUUAGUUUGGCAGAGCUAAUAGGUGUGCGUCCCGACCUGAUAGCAUGUAGGAAGAUUGUCUACUUUCAUGAAAAUCAGCUCGUGUACCCUGUGCGCGAAGUGAAAACGCGCGAUUGUCAGUACGGAUUCAACGAGAUACUCUCCUGUUUGGCGGCAGACAUAGUACUCUUUAAUUCCAACUUUAAUCGCACAUCAUUUCUGGACAACGUGCAGCCCUUUCUUAAUAUUCCGCCGGAUUUCAAGCUGAAGCACAUUCGCGAGAAAAUUGAAAAUAAGUGUGAGGUGCUUUACUUCCCCAUUAAAUUUCAUGCCUUAACCAACGAUCGUCGCAUUGUGGAUGUGAAACUUAAUGCGGAUGCUAACCUUGACCAAGAUUGCUUGCAUUUGAUAUGGCCCCAUCGUUGGGAGCACGACAAAAACCCAGAUCUGUUGGUUGAAGUCCUUCUCGAGUUGAGCAAUCGGCAGGUCAACUUCAAGGUUACCAUCUGUGGCGAGAGCUACCAGGAAGUGCCAGAGGCCUUUGAGGGAAUACGGGAAAAACUGGGGUCCAAGCUCAUUAACUAUGGGCACCUAUCGCGCGAAGAGUACAUAAAGUCGUUGCUUGCCGGGGACAUAGUCAUAUCCACGGCAAGCCAUGAGUUCUACGGUGUGUCCAUGCUAGAAGCUACCUACUGCGGCUGUUACCCCGUUGCCCCUAAUAAGCUGGUAUACCCCGAAAUCUAUCCAAAGCCAAAUUUGUACAGCACGACAAACUCUCUGAUAAAAAUGCUGUACAAUUGGUGCCGCAGUCCGGAACAUUUCCGCAGGCACCGCGUUAAAUUCUUCGAGUCAUUUUCGUUUGACAAGUACUCUGCAGAGCACUUAGUGCCCAAAUAUCUCGAUAAAAUGGGGAUCUCGAGUAAUUUACGGCAGAGUGAAAGCUAAUGCAAACUCACCAAUCG